UAUGAAGUACCACCAGCUAAAUUGGAGGCUAUUUGGCCUAAAGGACUUAGGGUCUCUAUACCAGCCGAAGAAGGAAUAACUCUAUUUGCCUUUCAUGGUAAAUUGAAUGAGGAAAUGGAAGGACUAGAAUCUGGUCAAUGGUCACGCGACAUACUUGUUCCAAAAGAAGGAAGAUUUGUGUUUCAGGACAAAAAUGCGAGAUUGAAGAUUGGAGAUAAAAUAUACUUCUGGACUUACGUGGAUUAUUUCAAUGGAAUUAACAAGUUGGGAUACCGACAGGACAAUGGACAGUGGACAGUUGAAGAAUUUGUGUACCCCAAUGGAACCAGAGUAUCUCAAUUUGAUGUGAUGGUAGAAAACAAAAACGGUAGGCCAACUCAAAAUCCUAAUAGUGGUGGAUCGAUAAUAGUGAUCUCAACAACUACUCCUAAUUCAGUAGACAAUAAUAAUUGCCGAGUAAGAUCAGCAACUGUGUUGAAUGGUGCCCAUGCAUGUCCUGGACAAUUAAUUUUCAACGAAGAUUUCAACGACAGGACGAUUUCGAGAGAAAGAUGGAUUCGGGAACACAAAUUCACAGGACCACCGGAUUACGAAUUCGUUGUAUACGUUAACGAUGAUUCAAAUAGUUAUAUUGAAAAUGGCAAGUUUAUCGUCAAACCUUCAUUAUUAGAAGAUAAAUAUGGGGAAGGAGCAGUCAAUUAUGAUUUAGAUCUUGGAAAUGAUUGUACAGGACGAAAAGGCACUAAAGAAUGCCGCAGCACAGCUUUUAGGGCAAAAAUUCAAAAUCCAGUACUAUCAGCAAGAUUAAGGUCAAAAGUAACCUUCAGAUAUGGCAAAAUAACCAUUAGAGCUAAAUUACCACGUGGCGAUUGGCAAUUUCCAGAAUUAUUUCUGGAACCAGAAGAUGUUCAAUAUGAUGAUCGACCAGAUAGACAACUGUUUCCUGGACAAUUGCACAUUGCGCGCACAAAAGGACGCAACGAUGUGUUAUCGGCCGGCUUGAUGAGAUUCUCUAUAGAUCCUUACCGUUCGUAUGAUAUGAUCAACGCAACUUUGAGGAGGAACGCAUUGGAUGAUUUUCACGAUUAUACGAUGGAAUGGACACCAGCUAAGAUAAUAUUAUCUGUGGAUGGUAUUGAGUAUGGUACAGUGCAUCCAAGAAGAUUGAUGGACGAAUCUGAAAAAUUAGCAUUUGGAACUGAUUUUAGCAAAGAGGUAAAUCUAAUAGUGGGCUUAGGAGCUGGUGGCAUAAAUGACUUUCCUGAUGGAACUCCAAGUAAACCAUGGGUAAACAGAGAUCCGAAAAACGUACUUGAAUUUUGGCAAAAUCGUGAUUUUUGGUUGCCAAGCUGGCAGAAUCACCAGGGCCAGUUACAGGUGGAUUAUAUCAGAAUAUAUGCAUUGUAG